GAGUACUUCUCUGACGUGGAGAAGUUUGCUCGCUCUGCCCGACACGGCAGCACGAAGAAGGGAGCUGGAGACUUCACCCAGCAGGAGGUCUACAGGCUGAGGAAGCUCCUCCUCAAGCUCAACCGAGAAGGGGGGAGCACUACCGGGACCGAGUGAGGCGUCAGUCCGGCUGAGGAGGUUCCUGAGCGGGGCGGCCCAUUGAAAAGGAUGCUGGAGGAGCUUAGUCGGUGUCUCUCGCCUGGUUGCACAGCAGAUGGUCGUUUCCGUACCGAUCGGAAAACAUUAUGCAUCUAAAGUCUCUUUAAAUUAUCGUCUUCUGGAGACAGCGAGGAUGAUGAUGAACGACCGGUGGACCAUCAUGAACAACAGCAGCUCCGAACUUGGCAGCAAACAACCAAACAAACACAAGAGAUGCUGUUGCUUCCUGUUGUGGUCCGUCUUUACGCUGGUCGUCACAGCAGUCAUUGUUGUCACAGCAACGGUCAUCAUUCUGUACCUGAACCAGUAUCCUCUGCCCUUCAUUAGCAGGGACCGAGUCUUCUCCCCGUCCUCCUCUUCGCCCGUGAUCUCAACCAAUCCCACAGAGUCUGGCGCCCUGGUGUCGGUGUCACGUGUCACAGAAGGAGAGCCAAUCAGCAUCUUCCUGGACCCAAACUGUCCUGACUACAGCGAGAGCUUCCUGCGCUGGGAGGCGCUGCAGACCUCUCUGCUGCGGACGCUCGCUAAUCACAAGGCAGAAGAUUGGCAAGACACGGGGUUGGACCACAAGCUGGCCGAGGAGCUAAAGGUGCUGUCAGGCCACGCCCACAACCUGAGGCUGGAAGCUGAUUCGCUGAAGAGAGGUCAAGGUGUUUUGGACCAGCGACUGGACGGGUUGCAGAGCGAGCAAAGCCGCAUCAUCCAGGUACUGUCUGACAGUCAGUCAGGUGUGUUGAAGCUGGUCUCAGGUUUCAGUGAUUCUCUACUGAGCCUCCAGAGAGAGACAGAGAAUAUGAGGAGGGUCAACAAAGACCUGCACCUGGGUGACAGCAACCCCCAAGCUCUCAGACCCAGAGACUGCUCGGAGGUCUUGAGUUCCGGUGGUUCUGAGGAUGGAGUUUAUUCUGUAUUUCCAACUCAUGAUCCUGAAGGCUUCAUGGUUUACUGCGACAUGAGCACUGAUGGAGGGGGCUGGACAGUGAUUCAGAGGAGAGAAGACGGAUCAGUGAACUUUUUCAGGGACUGGACGGCUUACAGAGAUGGAUUUGGAAGAAAUACCGGAGAACACUGGCUAGGUCUCCAGCGGAUGUACUCCCUCACCAGAUCUGGUGGUUAUGAGUUAAGGAUCGACAUGGCUGACUUCGAUAACACCACAGCCUUCGCUCGUUACGGGGACUUCUCUGUGGGUCGGGACUCAGUGAACCCCGAGGAGGACGGAUACCCGCUGGAGGUGGACCAGUACUCAGGGACCGCAGGUGACUCCCUCCUGAAGCACUCUGGGAUGCAGUUCACCACCAAAGACCGGGACCAGGACCAGUCAGAGAACAACUGUGCAGCCUACUACCAGGGCGCCUGGUGGUACCGUAACUGCCACACUUCCAACCUGAACGGGCAGUAUCUGAAAGGAGGCCACGCCUCCUACGCCGAUGGGGUGGAAUGGUCCAGCUGGACGGGCUGGCAAUACUCGCUCAGAUUCACAGAGAUGAAGAUACGACCCAAUGCUAAACCAGGCUCCUUAUCAAAUGAUCCUAAAUAGUACAUCUGACCUUUGAUCCUUGAACCAGAUCUGUGAGCCCCUGACCCUUACAUUUGACCCCUGGAACUUAAACCUGACCUCUGACCACUGACCUACAAGCCUGACUUUUGGGCCCUCAAACCCAACCUCUGACUCUUGAACCUAUUCUUUGGGCCCCAAGGCUGCCCUCUGACCCCUAAACCUUACUUCUGCCCUUUAAGCCUGAUUUCUGAACCCCUAAACCUGACUUCUGAAUCGUUAAUCCUUAACUUAAAUUG